CCGUCAAAUAUUUCGUUCGCAGCGUGAUUGAUGUCCACAGAGGGGGGAGGACCGAUUUCUGUGGGUUCGCGAAAAAAAGGCCUGUCGUUGUUGGGUGUUUGCGUGGGUGUACCUCUCUCACUCAGUACGGUUGACGUCAACGAAAAAGCGGCCUGAGAUGUGAGGCUUUAGCACGUCCACGUGGCACGCAGCGUGAUGUGGUACGGGCUUGGUUUGACGGGCGUGACAUCCAGCGCAGCAUGUACUUGGUGUGACGGGCGUGAGGGAACCGUGCAUGAAUGUGACCGGGUUAACAGCCAAGUGCAUGCAGUUCGUCCGCAUUCGUCUGCCAGGUGACUGUGGCCACAAACGUGAGUUGCAAGCACCGUUCGCGCGAAAUUUCAAGUUCGUUAGUUGACACGUGGCACUUGCGCGCAGGAGCCACGUGACACGUGGCACUUGCGCACAAGCAUCCACGUCACGAGGACGGCAACGAUUCGUGGUCUGAGGGGCGUUUCACACUAGGACUUUUUCCACUCCUCUGUGGACGUAAUUGCAGUCAGGUGCAUCUAGGCCGGGUCGGAAAAGCGGUCAUAUGCAUCCAGAAAAGUCCUAGUGUGAUCAUGCACUGAGAACGACAAAUCCGGCCUUCCUAGCAAUUGAGACGAGAUGUUGUGUGACACGGUGUGACGUGGUGCGACACGCUGUGACGUGCUGCGACCUGUCGUGACGUGACGUAGAGGUGGCAGCUGUUUCCAUGAUUUUCAGCCACUCCUGGGAAAGAAGUUACUGGAGGUAGACACUACUUCUGUCCAGUUCCGAUUUUUCAUUUUUGCCUUCUGGAAGGAACGUACAAAAGUGAGGGUCAACAACAAAAGUCCGAAAAGUUCGGCGAAAACACAAUACCUGGCAAACUUCUGUCGCAAAUAUUUCGUUUUCCAAAUCCAAAAGCUGAGAUCAACACGAACAGAGCAAAACGUCUUUCAAGUUUCAAGUCUUUUUUUUUUUUAAAUCAAUUGUACGGGCGGUGGCCACAAUGGCGAUGCACGUCGUCGCAAAGAUCUGCUGCACAUCAGACACAGCUCUGCCACUGCUUCAUAUGCGGCAAUGUCUACAUAAUCACUCAAGUGACGUGUUCGAAAAGGCCCUCGCUUCUUCAGGAAGACGAUACCAUGUGUUCCCACCGAGAGGAAGGAAACAGGCCUCAAGUUCUCUGCAGCUUGCAAUGGCCACAGCAAAAGUACGGCAUGUCGACGCACGCACAGAACGUUGCACCUCCCUUAAAAUCAUUGUGCUGCCGCUAACCGUGGUGAAAGCUGCAAAAGCGCAGAGCAGACUCGCAUUCGGCAGACGACGAACAUUUGUAACAAACAUAAAGUGCGAUGCAAUGUGUGACAAAAGACGGAGUCGAGGACCGAUGCAACGAACCACAGACCCACGGAUGCCGCAUACAUUGCAAACGUCCUUUCCGCCAGGUGCUUUUCUUCAUCCGAAACAACUGCUUUCGCUUCAAGCUGUUGUUUCUGAUACCAUGUAUGAAUCACCGGAGCUAGCGAGCAAGCAGAAGGUCGAGGAGCUGAUCGAAUUUCUGAAGGAGGAUUCGAAACAUCUGUUCGACGACCAGGGCAUCGAUCGUUCGCGAUACGAGGAGAGCAUUUCUUUUGUCGAUCCGAUAACCCGGUACAGCUCUUUAUCAGGAUAUCUUUUCAACAUCGCCGUGCUGCGAAGGUUGUUCAACCCCGAUCUUGUCGUCUUGGGUUUCGGCCAGACCGACGAGUGGGAGAUCACCGCGAGAUGGACGAUGAAAAUGACAUUCGCUUUGCUUCCUUGGAGACCAGUUGUCGUCUUCACCGGGAGGUCGAUAUACAACAUCAACCCCGUUUCCGGAAAGUUCUGCGGUCACAGGGAUGUCUGGGACUCGAUCAGCAACCAGGAGUACUUUUCGAUCGAAGGCGUCCAAGAUGUAGUUGGGCAGAUGUUGAAGAUUUACCUCAUUCCCGAGGCGAAGGCGGCGGCUUCUUACAUGGUCGUAAAGAGAGCAGCGAAGUACGAGGUGAGGGAGUACGCUCCGACAGUUAUGCUGGAAGGGGUACUUGCUGCCGGGGAGGGGAUCGCUGGGAGCCAGGGGUACCAGAGUAUCCGCGACUACUUUCAAGGAGUAAACCAAAGUGGCAUGAAGUUCGAACCCACAGUGCCGAUAUUAUCGUUUCGAAAGACGAAUAGUAUUGCUGCGGCCGCCGCCGAAGGAGCAAAUUACUCUUCCAACACCAUUGUUCAAGUCCCACUGAGUGGCAAACAGCAGCAAUCGGAGACGUUUCCGGAGGCAACAAGUGUAGGUAGCAGAUUGGUUGACGGACAAGGAGGCGUUUAUGCGGUCCUCGAGUUCAGUGGCGCAGCCACAGAUGGGCUGUUUUACCAGAAGGAGACAGAAUUGCGUCAAGCGCUGUUGAAGGAUCGUCUCUCUCCUCUGGACCGGGCCAUCCUUGCAAGAUACUAUGAUCCGGACUCUGUUCCCUUCCUUGCUAAGAAUGAGGUCCUAAUCCCUCUGGAAAAUUUUGCACUGAAUGUUCAAAGCUAAACUGAUGCCAAAAAAUUGAAGCAUUUUCAACCCUCUC